UUUAAAAAUAUAAUAAAAGCGCGUAUUGUGCGUGGGAUUUCCGAAUCGCGUAAUUACCGUGUCUGUGAACUUUCCUCCUCCUCCUUUUGUUUUCUAAUCCUGCGUGAAAAAAGUGUGUCUCGUUCGAUUUUCCGUCUCUGUCGGUAUGGUGGCCUGUGUGCUUGAUGGUUCGUGUUGAGGUGCAUGGUUCGGUGUCAUUUCCUCGCCACCAGCAAAUAAAAAGCUGCACGAAUGAGCCCAGUGAAUAGCCGCCCCAAAUAACGGAAUGCUGUCCAAUAGUUCCAUCGACCGUUUAAAAUACUGUAAAUGGGAUGAAUGAAGGAGAUCUGUUGAAAAGGUCAGCCGAAGAGCGUGAAAGAAUAUUCAAACGAUAUGAACGAGGCCGCGAGGAAGGUGCCGAGAUCGACCCAUGGGAGGAUCCGGGAUUCGAGGUCUACCAUGCCACCGACAGGUACGGGUUCAUCCACGACAAGCGUCUACCAUCCAAAGUGGACCCGCAAGAAGCCAAGAAGCUCCAAAUCGAACUAGAACGCCAGAAGAAGUGGCUGAAAAUGCUGAAAAACUGGGACGCGCCCAACGUCAAAGAGAAACUCCACUCCCGCGUCUACAAAGGCAUCCCGAACUCCCUCCGAACCCAGGCCUGGCUGCGCCUCCUCAACGUCGAGAAGGUCAAAAAGGAGCACCCCGGCAAGUACGCCGAGAUGAUGAAGCUGGCCCGCCUGCACUCCACCGACGCCAGGCAGAUCGACUCCGACGUGAACAGGCAGUUCCGGGAGCACCUCCACUACAGGGAGCGCUACAGCAUCAAGCAGCAGUCGCUCUUCAACGUCCUCACGGCGUACGCGAUGUACAACUCGGAGGUGGGGUACUGCCAGGGCAUGUCGGGCCUGGCGGGGGUGCUGCUGAUGUACAUGGACGAGGAGGACGCCUUCUGGGCGAUGCACGUCCUGCUGACCGACCCCAAGUACUCGAUGCACGGGCUGUACAAGGAGGGGUUCCCGAAGCUGACGCGGUUUCUCGCGCACCACGAUCGGAUAUUGGCGAAGUUCCUGCCGAAGAUGAAGAAGCACUUCGAUAAGCAUGGGGUCGACGCGAUUUUGUACUCGUUGAAGUGGUUUUUUGUUUGUUUCGUCGAGAGGGUUCCUUUUAAUCUUUGUCUUCGGAUUUGGGAUAUUCAUUUGCUGGAUGGGGAGAGGGUGAUUACGGCGAUGGCUUUUACAAUACUCAAGUUGCAUAAGCGGACUUUACUGAAGCUUAAUGAUAUGGACUCGAUAGUACAUUAUAUUCAGGUAAAGCUGUACAAAGACUUCAUGUACGACGACGACGUCGUGGUCCACAACCUCGAGAAGUCGAUGGAAGAGCUCAAAAAGGCCAAACUCGACCAUCCCGGGCCACCCCACAAGGACGAGCUGCCCACUCGCCCGUUCGGCGUCUUCAAGGAGCCGACCUUCGAGCAGAUCGUGGGUUUUCGGGCCGAGCAGUUCACCGAGAAGGAGAAGGCCACCAAUCAGAUCGUGACGUUAGUGAGCGAGGCGGCCCGAGAGGCAGCCGAGCGGGAGAAGGAGAGCCAACUGUCAGUGGGUGAAUCCAUAGGGCUUGCAGCGCCUCCUCCCGCUCGCCCCGCCUCCAGCGACUCAUGUCUCCGCCCGCUUCCAGGUUCAAAGUUCUCGUUCGAUCCCAGCAUCGACGACGCCAGCUCGCUCUUAGACUGCGAGCACACCGGCUCCCGGCGCUCCCUCGCCGACACCAGCGUGACCUCGACGGCCGACCUGUCGGUGUUCUCGACGGUGACGCGCUCGCAGGCGCACGAGAACAGCCUCGACACCCACAGCAACAUGUCGGACAACUCGGUGGGCGGGGCCAGCUCGGUGGGCUCGGGCAUCGGCGCGUCGAGCAGCGUGCAGCGGGCGUUAAGCUCGCACUCCACGCCCAGGGCCACGCCCCACAACCCCAGCCCCGACGUGCUGCGGAUCUACGUGCCCUACUCGCCGCUGGAGACGCCCAUCGCCAGCCCCCACAACGGGGACGUGCAGAAAAUCAUCCCGUGCUCGUUCCCCGACACGAACAGGAUCAGGAUCAAGGUGGACAACGAUGAACUGCCGACGCCGCUGGUGGAGCAUGGGCGGAUCAAGCACUUCAGGGUGGAGAGUCCGGAGUUCGACUUGAAGAAGCACAGGAACGACGACAGCCGGAUGUACGGAGACUAUUUUGAGUGAUACAUGCAAUAAAAUGUAUUCUACACUUUAAACAAAUGUAAAUUGUAAAUCUGUCAUAGGAUGACCUUAAAAUUUCUUAAUAAAUUUAUUUCAAAUA